AUGUGGUUCGUGAUCCCAACUCCUCCGCAUAUUGUGAAUGGUGUGGAGAGGGGAAGCUCUAUGAACCGAAAGUUCGCCUUGCGGGACGAGGAGGCGAAGGCCUUCUUGAGUUUUGAGGCGGACGGCGUGAACCUGCGAGAGAAUUAUUUGAAGAUCAUGACCGCUGUGCGGGACCAGCUGAAGGCCGGUCGCGCUGUGGCGUCGCUGAUGGGCACCUUCGACGCUCCGAAGCUCACCAGCUCAGUCGCGUUGUUCGAACGGAUGACCUGCGACGGCUCGGACGACGAGUUGCACCCGGGACGGGACCGUUAA